AUGCUACUUCUGGCUGUCUGCGGUUCGUGGGCGGCUGGGCUGCGGCUGAGCGGGAAGAGGGCGGCGCUGUGGGCAUCUGCGGCGCUCCGAGAUCCCAGGGCGGCAGCCUCAUGGGUGGCCUCCUGCAGCGUUCCCUCGGGGCCAGUCGGCGGCUGGAGCGCUGGGCUGCAGGGAGCCCCUAGGUCUCUCAGGCGUCGGGGUGGAGCGCAGAUACCUGUUUGUUGGGAAGGAUGUGUUCGAUGUUUACAUACACAACUUGAAAAAUCAGAAGAUGGAAGACUGAUUUACACUGGGAAUCUGGCCCGAACAGUUUUUGGUGUGAAGUGCUUCUCUUAUUCUACAAGCGCAAUCAGUCUUGCUUUUCUGCCAUACAUUUUUGCACAAAAUAAUAUUAUAUUUGGAAGUCUGCCUUUGCAAAUCUUAUUUUAUGGCAUCAUAGGAAGCUUUACAGUGAUCACUCCAGUACUGCUGCAUUUGGUUACAAAAGGCUAUGUCAUUCGCUUGUACCAUGAGGCCACGACAGACACUUAUAAAGCCAUCACUUACAAUGUUGUGCUUUCAGAAACAAGUACAGUGUUUCACCAGAAUGAUGUGAAGAUUCCUGACAGCACACACAUGUUUACCACGUUUUAUGCUAAAACAAAAUCUUUAUUAGUUAAUCCAUUGCUCUUUCCAAACCCUGAAGACUAUAACCACCUAAUGGGUUAUGACAAACCAUUCACUUUUGAUAUGGAAGAAACUACUGAAAAGAAACAGCUUAAAGAUAAAUGA